AUGCAGAAGACCAAAAAAAAAUUACAAGAUGCUGCCAUUAAGCAUGUUGAUGAAUUUUAUGAAUCAUAUAACAAUAAGAAAGAACAACAAUUGAAGCAAGUUAGAGAAGAAGCCGAGAAGUUUUUGAAAGAAAGAGACGAAUUUUUCAAUCAAGAAAACACAACAACCUGGGAUCGUGCGUUACAAUUAAUCAACGUUGACGAUGCUGAUAUUGUUGGUGGUAGAGAUAGAUCCAAGUUCAAGGAAAUUCUUUUGAAAUUAAAAGGCAAUGCUAAUGCACCAGGUGCAUAG